UUUAUUUUCUUCAAUAAAUUAUGGUACUUUAAUUUUUUUUUUAUAUUUUUGUUUUGAAAAUCGUGGCUCAGUCUAUGAGGAUGAGGACACGUGGUGGAGAAGACUAAAAAAAUCCAUGAAGAUCAAAAUUUGAACUGGAAACUAACUCAAAGGACCACAUGCGUGUCCAUAAAGGAAAUUUACUCUGUUGGUAAUCUGUAAAUAUGAUUGGUCCACGCACAGCCGUGACCCGAAGCAGGAGAUACACGUGUUUGAUUGGGUUGAAAUGAAGAACUUGAUGAACGGUGGAGAUGUGUUAUUUAGGCAGAAGAGCACUCGGUCACGCACUAUAGCACAUAUCUGUACAACUGCCCAAGCCUAGAACGGGUAGCUGCCCGUAGCAAUCAAAAUGCCAAAAAAGAGAGAUACUCUUCCUCUACCUGCGUACAAAGGUAUCCAUGGAACGAGUCCUUAAAAACUUUUCUCAUGAGCGCGCGAGCGUUUCCUCAGAUCUUUUGUCACGUAAAUAAUGACUAAAAAAAUUUCAUAAAAAUUAAAAUUGAAAUGAGUGUUUAAUGAAAUUAAAUUUUUAUCAUUGUUAAGGGGCAAAAGGUUUCGAGAAGUUUUUUCAUUUUACUCGGAAAUUUGUAUUUGUGCUAUAUAAGAAAGGAGAGAAGAGAGAAAUGGCGGAGAUUUGUUGUGGGUUAGUGAGUGAAGAAGAGGUCUCAACGCCGGGCGAGUCGAGUUCCCGCGCGGCAAGGAGACGAAGAAUGGAGAUAAGAAGGUACAAAUUCGUUACUGGUGUGGGCUCUCCGCCAUCUGAUACGCAGUCGGAGAGGGAACAAAAACGCUCUAAAGCUAACUCCCGAGACUGCGAGAACACUGUUUUGAGCCACGUUUUGGAACAAGAGAGGUAUGAUUCAGGAAAUUCGGAUAAUAGUGAGAAGAUCUCAGUCUCAUUGUCGAGUUCGUCUCCUUCUGCGGUGACCCCCACAACUAUUUCAAGUAAACUUCCCAAGUUUGGGUUCGCGUCUGUCUGCGGAAGACGAAGAGAAAUGGAGGAUGCUUUGGCAAUCUAUCCUUCGUUUUUCCGCCGGAUUAAGGAAACGAUGCCGGAAUUACAUUACUUUGGCGUUUACGACGGCCAUGGUUGCUCUCAUGUGGCAACAAAGUGCCGAGAGCGACUGCAUGAGCUCGUGAAAGAGGAGCUCGAAAGUAAGGAGAACUCGACGGAGUGGAAAAGCACAAUGGAACGAAGCUUUUUUCGCAUGGACGACGAAGUGAUUGCGUGGAACGGCAGUGGGUCGGGAUCGAAUUGCAGGUGCGAGUUGCAGACGCCCGAGUGCGACGCAGUGGGGUCGACGGCGGUUGUCGCAGUUAUCACCACUGACAAGAUCAUCGUCGCUAACUGCGGCGAUUCCAGAGCCGUACUGUGUCGUAAUGGUACGGCUGUUCCUCUCUCUUCUGAUCACAAGCCGGAUCGUCCAGACGAGCUCAGUCGGAUCCAGGCGGCGGGUGGUCGGGUCAUCUACUGGGAUGGCCCACGGGUUCUCGGAGUCCUAGCCAUGUCAAGAGCCAUAGGAGACAACUACCUAAAACCAUACGUGAGUAGCGAGCCGGAGGUGACGAUCACGGAUCGGACGGCGGACGACGACUGUCUGAUUUUGGCAAGCGAUGGGCUCUGGGACGUGGUGUCGAACGAGACGGCUUGCGGCGUUGUCCGUAUGUGCCUACGUGGCAAGGGUGCAGUUUCGGCAUCUUGCUCGUCUUCGGUAUCACCGGAAAGUAAAGUACCGGCAGCCGACACGGCGGUUGCCGAUAAAGCGUGUGCGGAUGCGUCAAUGUUGCUGACUAAGUUAGCCCUGGCUAGGCACAGUACUGACAACGUGAGCGUGAUUGUAGUUGAUCUCCGAAGGGACACGUAACCCACAUUGAUGUGAUUUGUUAUUUUAUGGUUUUUUUUUUUGUUUGAUUUUUGCCGGGUUUUCGCUCGUUUGUAUCAGGCUCGUAUGGUUUUUUUUUUAAAAGAAAAAAAAUUAAAACUAAAAAAAGAAAGAGGGGCUAUUAAUACUGACAGAGCCCAGCCUUGAUUCGCUGGUUUUUAAUUUUCGAAAGAAAUUGUUUCAAGCCUGUCAAGUAUAUCAGAAAAGAAAAAUGUAAUGUAGUAGCUACUUAAUUGUAGUAUAUAUUUAAUCAAAGUAUAGUAGCAACUAGCAAGUAGUAGUAUCUUCUGA